ACUUUAGGAAAGCAGCGAGGGGGUAGUGAAGGUUUGACACUCCCCACCAGCCGACUCUGUAAAGGACAAACACCCGGGGCGGAGACUGAAUAGAUCCACCGAGAGCUGACAACAUGAUCGCUCUGAAGUACAGAAUCUCCUUCUUCGGCUUUCUGUGGGCGAUCGUGCUUGGAGAGAUCCUGGAACCAGAAAACCUACGCAUUGAUUCUGACAGAUGGAAGCGUAUCCUCAAGUGGGAUUCUGUUUUUUCUCAAGUUGAUUCAGUGACAUACUCUGUUCAAAGAACUUUCAAAAGUAAUGACAAUUGGAGUUGGACGAAUGUACAGAACUGUACGCACAUCACUGAAACAAAAUGUGAAUUGUUGGACAAUAUCUCUUUGAAUGGAAUGUACAACCUAAGAGUGAGGGCAGAACAUAGAAAUGAAACAUCAAACUGGGUUGAAGCAGUGUCCGAACCAAAAAAUGUGAUAGUUGAUUCUUUCAAUAUAAGACAUAUCGUGAAGUGGGAUCCAGAUAUUUACCAACUUGGCCCGGUGACCUAUUCCGUCCAGUUCCAAGGAAAUUUUGAAAGAACAAACAAUGACAAUUGGACAGAAGUACUGUACUGUACAGGUAUCAAUGGGACAGAAUGUGAUUUGCAAGACAGUUUCGCUUUCUACGCAAAGUACUACAUAAGAGUGAGAGCAGAGCGUGGAAGUACAACGUCAUGCUGGGUUGAAACAGAGCCGUUUUCUCCAUAUAAAGACACUGUGAUUGGGCCUCCAACAGUCAGAGUGGUCUCACAGGCAGGUGAACUACACGUCAGUAUUGGGGAUCCAGUCAGUAAAGAUGGACUUACCCUGCGCAACAAUUAUGCGGAUCUUGAUUACCGUGUAUUUUAUUGGAUAAAAAGUGAAGAAGGAAAUUUAAAGGAAUAUAAUAAAACUGUUUCUACAUCAACUGUUUUGCUUGAUCUCCAACCAUGGACCAACUACUGCUUGAAAGUACAGGCCUAUUCUCAGGAGAUAUCUAAGCCAGGACAGCUCAGCCCAGUGAUUUGUGAAUAUGUCACUGCUGAUACUAAGAGAAGAGCUAUAGCAGCAGCCCAGGCCCUUUUCAUAACAUUGGUUGCUGUUUUGGUGGUAACGUUGGGCUGUUUCUUCUUUGUGAUCUAUGCACGCAAAGCCAUCAAGUACCUAAUGUAUCCUUCCUACAGUCUCCCAGUACAUAUAAGAGAGUACUUGACUGAACCAUCCCAACAACCUAUAUUUGAAACGCUGAAUAAAGACGACCUGCAUGAAGACCAUUGGGACAAACUCUCCAUUGUCUCUCAAUCAGAAAUUCCUUCAGUACUACUAGAUUCGACUAAAACUGAUGGUUCAAAGUCAGACAAAGACACAACCAAGUCUGAUGGGAAGAUCCAUAAUGAAGAGGAUGAUCUGCAAAGCAGUCAAUCAAGUGUAGAUUCUGGACAUUAUUCCAAUAGUACGGAAAAUGCUUCCCAUAAAACUUUACAGAAUCUAGAAGAUGCACCGAGGACAUUGGAAUGAAAAGACAGCAUGGAUUUGGUGGAUUAACACUGACCUCCUGUCUGCCUCCUGAAGUUGUGGUAUACUCAGUACUGAUGCAAUCAUUUUCACUAAAGAAAAAGAAACUGAG